AUGGAGAAUUCAAUGGAGACUGGACUAUUCUGGAUUUGCCUUGCUUCAAGACAUAGCUCUAUGUUUGAUGAGAUCUAUUGGAAAUUCAUUAAUACCAGGUUUUUCGGUCCCUUCACGACGAUUGAGGAGCGACUCAGUCUGCUAAGUGCAGAAGAGCUUCGAAGCAUGAACACCUUCGUUGAGGAGGAAAUGCGCCAGGCAAGCGAGGGCCGGUUGGCGUCCCAUUACAGUAUUGACGAGCUAGUUGACCUAUAA